AUGUCGCGCUACCUCCGACCAGCGGCCCGGCUCGCUGCCACGGCUCGCACCUCCGCUAUCCGUCCUACCGCUACCUCUCCCUUCUUCACCAGAGCCGCUGUUGUGCCCAGCUUACAAAAACGGACAUAUGCCGAUGCCUCCGGCGUCAAGGAGUACACAGUCCGUGAGGCCUUGAACGAGGCGCUCGCAGAGGAGCUCGAGGCCAACUCGAAGGUGUUCGUCAUGGGUGAGGAGGUUGCUCAGUACAACGGCGCAUACAAGGUCACCAAGGGCUUGCUAGACCGUUUCGGCGAGAAGCGGGUUAUCGACACACCCAUCACGGAGAGCGGUUUCACCGGUCUGGCCGUCGGCGCCGCGCUGAGUGGGCUGCACCCUGUGUGCGAGUUCAUGACCUUCAACUUCGCCAUGCAGUCCAUCGACCAGGUCGUCAACUCGGCCGCCAAGACCCUCUACAUGUCCGGCGGCAUCCAGCCCUGCAACAUCACAUUCCGUGGCCCCAACGGCUUCGCUGCCGGUGUCGGCGCCCAGCACUCGCAAGAUUACUCGGCCUGGUACGGCAGCGUCCCGGGUCUUAAGGUCGUCUCGCCGUGGUCGGCCGAGGAUGCCAAGGGUCUGCUCAAGGCCGCCAUCCGCGACCCCAACCCGGUGGUGGUGCUAGAGAACGAGCUCUUGUACGGCCAGUCGUUCCCCAUGUCGGAGGCGGCGCAGAAGGACGACUUUGUGCUGCCCUUCGGCAAGGCCAAGGUCGAGCGCGCCGGCAAGGACCUAACCAUGGUCACGCUCUCCCGCUGUGUCGGCCAGUCGCUGGUCGCCGCCGAGAACCUCAAGAAGAAGUACGGCGUCGAGGUCGAGGUCAUCAACCUGCGCAGCGUCAAGCCGCUCGACAUCGAGUCCAUCGUCAAGUCGGUCAAGAAGACCCACCGCCUGAUGGCCGUCGAGUCCGGCUUCCCGGCCUUCGGCGUCGGCGCCGAGAUCCUCGCCCUCACCAUGGAGUACGCCUUCGACUACCUUGAUGCCCCGGCCCAGCGUGUCACCGGUGCCGACGUCCCCACCCCGUACGCCCAGGGGCUCGAGGAGAUGAGCUUCCCCACCGAGGCGCUCAUCGAGCAGCACGCCGCCAAGAUGCUCCGUCUCUAA